ACCCCCAAACAGACGAGCAAAGCGUCACCGAACCACAUCAGCCUCAGGUAAACGGUAAACCCCCGGCGCUGCGCCUGUAUUAAAAUCCGUCCUCCACGCACCCGGUGUUGCGUAAGUAAAUGCAUUAUCGAAAAUGCCCCCGAUCCCAGGGAUCUGGAUCCCUUGCGAGUGCGAGGUCUCAAAAGCAUCUUUUCUUUCCUAAAGGCUAAUUGUGUACUCUACGAAUCGAAUCCUACGCGCCAAAAAAACUCUCACACGCGCACACUCGCACAGAUACGGAUGGACACGGUCUCUCGUUUUUUAUUUUUCUCCUUUAAAGCGGAUUUCACAACGUCAACGACUCGGCCAAACUCAGAGUCAGAGAGAGAGAGAGAGAGAUCGGAGAGUAGGAGUCGGGGAGAAUCUGAUCCCUCUGACACUCCUGCUUGGAUUUCUCUGUUCUCUGAUUUCGUCUUCAGCUCCUUCACUGCAAUUCAGCAAAAAUGAGCACAGUCGUGCAGGGUUUUACCAAGUCGCUUGCCAUGACUGUGCUCUCCGAGAUCGGCGACAAGACGUUUUUCGCCGCCGCGAUCCUGGCUAUGCGUCAUCCUAGGAGACUUGUCUUGUUCGGUUGCCUUUCAGCUUUGAUUGUGAUGACUAUUCUUUCUGUUCUUGUUGGCUGGGCUGCUCCAAAUUUGAUAUCUCGGAAAUGGACUCAUCACAUAACAACAUUGUUGUUCUUUGGGUUUGGCCUAUGGUCUUUAUGGGAUGGAUUUACAGAGGAAGGGGAGGCUGAGGAGUUGGCUGAAGUCGAAGCAAAAUUGGAUGCUGAUUGGAAGGCCGACACAGCAACCGCUAAAAAGAGUAGUAAGGAUGGUGAUGAUUUGAAAAAGCAGAAACGGCCAUUUCUUUCACAAUUCUUUUCGCCAAUCUUUUUAAAGGCAUUUUCUAUUACUUUUUUUGGUGAAUGGGGUGACAAGAGCCAGCUAGCUACCAUUGGUUUGGCUGCAGAUGAGAACCCAUUUGGUGUUGUUCUUGGUGGAAUUAUAGGACAAGCAUUGUGUACUACUGCGGCCGUCAUUGGUGGAAAGAGCUUGGCAUCUCAAAUAUCUGAGAAAUUUGUUGCACUCUCAGGUGGAGUUCUUUUCAUUGUUUUUGGGAUUCAAUCCUUCCUUUCUACAAUUGAGUCAUGACACUGACGAUCUUGCUAAUGGUAACAUUCAAAGAUUUUCUGCCAGUGGUUAGGGCAGCUGCUAAAUGUCUCAGAUUUAUCCUUUGACGAUUGUGAUUUUUUUAUGAAGCUACGGGCAGCAACAUUUGUUAUACUCUAGCCCUUGACAAUGAUAUAUCACUGGGAUCUUUAUGUAUGAUAAUAAAUCUUUCAUAUUUGGAUACCUGGUAUGAGUAGAUUAAAUAUGAAUUCUCUCUUUUAAUUUUA